AGAUCUCCCCCCUAUCAGUUAUUGCCCAGCCCUCGGGGGAGGGAUCAAGUCGAUUUGUGUUCGUGUUUUCCCUCUCCCGCUGUGUUUUACAUUUUGACGAAUGUUGAUUUGAUUGGGAGGAGAACUACACAGCCUGUGGUAAUCUCCCAUAAUUUCUGUCUUUGCUUCACUUCACUUCCCCCCUGCAUCAGGUUUCCGCUGUUGGACAUCUGCCCAGUGCAUGUCAACAGGAUUUGUCAGCCUGUCAUCUCCUGUGUAUGUCAGCCGUCUCCAGUACAGGGGAGGAACAAAAAGCAGACUAUUCCGGCAAACGGCUGGUACAGACGAUGUCAACAGCAGGGUAUAUUUUCUGAAGACAACGGCACAGCGUGGCUGUCAGUGAUGUGACCUUUCUUCGUGUAACGUUAAAGUUCAUGGAGGUGAAAGGGUGAAAGGUUGAGCGACAAGAGAGGUAUACCGACAUCCGAGACAGGCAUGCCCCUCCCUCUCCUCAUAAAUUUCCUAUUCAUGUUGUGGGUGACAGCCUUUUAGGCGAGGUAGGCUUUGAAGGGAUUCGUGCGCACAGAACUAAGUGUUUGGCCACUGAGUGCGGCGGGCAGGUCCGGUGUGUGUUGGAGUGAGAGAUAGAACAAGGAGCUGUGUCCGGCUGCUGCCUUUUCCUGUAUAGAAAUAUGUGCUGUCCAACAUUCCAACCCUGGUAAUAGACCGUCAGUAAACAUUCCGGGUUUUAAGUGGUUUUGGAAUUUACUUAUCUAGGUUAUUAUGUUUCAAGUUCUCUACAAAAGUGGAUAACGGUGGAGUUCUUUGGAAAACAAUAGUGCCAAGAAAAUCUCCGGCGAAGUAAUCAACAAACGAAAAAAAAAAACCUUUCCAAAGGAGAAAAGCCGGUAUCAAGCUCCUUGGAGGCUUUGACAAGUCGUGAAACAUGGGAUUCUUUACAAUCUUCAUCCUACUUUCACUCGCUCCAAGUCUCGUACAUGGCCAGACGGCGGAAGAAGUCCAUCGGGACUAUUGGCUGGAGAAAGGGCGCAUGGAUUUGCGCGAGAGCCUGCUGGAGCGCAAGAAUACCAACAGAGCUAAGAACGUGAUCCUGUUCCUGGGGGACGGCAUGGGCGUUUCCACGGUAACGGCGGCGCGCAUUUACAAAGGGCAGAGGAACGGCAAGUUUGGGGAGGAGACGGUUCUCAACUUUGAGAAGUUUCCGAACGUGGCACUGUCCAAGGUAUAUAACAUUGACUACCAAACACCAGACUCCGCGGGUACUGCCACGGCCUACCUGUGUGGGGUGAAGACCAACUCGGGUACCUUGGGUGUUGACGGCCGAGUGGUACGAGGCAACUGCUCUAUGAUGGGGGACGAAACUGUCAAAGUCAAAAGUGUUCUGAAGCAGUUCAUCGAAGAUGGUCGGGCCGGGGGCAUCGUGACCACGACGCGAGUGACGCACGCGACACCUGGCGGAGCCUACGCGUAUUCACCUGAUCGCGACUGGGAGAGCGACACCGACCUGCCGCCUGGCGACGACGACUGCAAGAAAUACGGGGUGAAGGACAUCGCAGCGCAGUUAGUUGACGACAACAUCGACAUUACGGUAGUCCUCGGUGGCGGCCGACGAGCCUUUCUGAACCGCACGAACCCUGACCCGGAGACAGGAAAGAUUGAUACGAAGACCAGACUGGAUGGCCGAGACCUCACCAAUGUGUGGAUGUCCAAGCAGGCCAGGAGAGGCUGUAAGGCGCGCUACGUGUGGAACAAAAGUCAGUUUGAUGAAGUGACUGCGGACAACACCAACUGCCUGCUCGGUUUGUUCAACCCCAGCCACAUGGAGUUUGAGCUUAAGAGGAACAAAGACAACGAGCCUUCCCUCGCCGAGAUGACUCGAAAAGCUAUUGAGAUCCUUAAAAAAAAUAAAAACGGAUUUUUUCUGCUCGUUGAAGGGGGUCGCAUCGAUCAUGGUCACCAUGACAACUUCGCCAAGCUGGCACUGUCUGAAGCUGCUUCGUUUGACGAUGCCGUGGGUGUGGCCUUGCAGAUGACCAGCACCGAAGACACAUUGAUCGUCGUCACGGCUGACCACUCGCACGUCUUCACCAUCGCCGGGUACGCUAAGCGAGGCAAUGACAUCCUGGGUCUGAUGGACCCUCUAAAUGAUGAGGUCACGGACAACAUGACCUACACAGCGCUGUCGUACGCCAACGGACCAGGGGCUGGACGGCGAAAUCUGACUGGCGUGGACACAACUAAUGAAGAUUUCCGCAUGCCCGCACUGGUGCCCACGACGGAUGGAGACGAAACCCACGGUGCUGAGGAUGUGGCUGUGUAUGCAACGGGCCCCAUGGCUUUCCUCAUCCAGGGAGUCAAGGAGCAGAACUACAUCGCUCACGUGAUGGCCUACGCUGCGUGCGUGGGAACAGAUAAGAGUCAUUGCACGGAGGACCACACUCUCAAAUGUGAUAUCUCGUCUGCACACUCAGUGUCCUACCUCCCGACACUAACUUCUGUUUACUUGAGGUUAAUAGUCGCUCUCAUUGUGUUACUAUUGUGAUGUGCAAGCUAAGAAGACUGUUCCAGUGAGGACUCCUUCGAUCGGAGACUGUGCUUUAGAAAAUGUAACCAGACGUGUGAAUAGUGUGAGGAUGUUUAUACAUCAGAUCAUAAGCCUGGAUGAUAUCAAGAAGUCUCUUUUUUUCACCCUUAAUAUGUUAAUCCUUCGUCCUUGAAAUAUAUUUAUUUACGUACAUUUUCAUCUGUAUAUUACAUGUAUAUUUUAUUUACCUAUAUUGUAAAGAUUAUGAGGUAAUGU